AUGGAAAAUGACAAUUCUUUGGAGGAAAGUCUUAGAUCAAUGGCCAUACGUGCCAAUACUACAGAAACAGUAAAUGUAGGUCAAACUGAACUACCUAAUUUUAUUGAAAGUGGUAAUGAUCAGCCGGAUGAGUCUGUUGGCUUUGAUAACAGAACUGAUUUGUUUGUGAUGAGAACUAUUCAGUUCUUCGAAGAUAGAAAAAGAAUAGUAAUGCAGAGUGCUAAUGGUCCUUGUCCUCUGAUAGCAUUAGCCAAUUGCCUAGUAUUGAAAAAUAAGCUAAAUCUGCCAGGUGGCAAAACUUUCCCUGAUUCUUCGAGAGAAUACAUUACUUGUAAAGAAUUGAAAGAGCUUGUCGGUGGCUGCAUAGUGGAUAUGUCUUCUAUCGCGAAUGGAACAGGCGAACAAGAUAAUUAUGAGAAAACCUUACAUGAUGUUCUUAACCUUAUGCCGAAACUUGAUGACGGAUUGGAAGUUAACGUAAGAUUUUCUGGUGUGUCAACCUUUGAAUACACUCCUGCCGUUGCGCUUUUCGAUUUGUUGAAUAUACCGCUCUAUCAUACUUGGGUUGUUGAACCCGGAUCAGGCUUUGAAGAACAUGUGGGCAAUAUGACAUACAAUCAAGCCACAACUUUAGCUAUUGAGAACCCAAUCUUGGCACAGUUUCUCGAAACAACGAAGUCUCAGAUGACUUAUACGGGCUUGAUUGGUUUAGUAGACAAAAUGUCAAACAGAGAAAUUGCUGUUCUCUUCAGAAAUAAUCAUUUCCACACAGUUUUGAAAAUGAAUAAGUUGGCUCAUGUCCUUUGCACAGACAUUGGUUUCGUGACUGAACCAAGCUUAAUUUGGGAAGUACUUCAAAGCAUUGAAGGAGAUACAAUUUAUGUCGACUCCCGAUUUUCUACUAAUCAAAACAACAGAGAACCCGCUCCUACAUCUUCAAGCAGUGUUUCAGACUAUGAAUUAGCUAAACAAUUAGAUGCUCAAUAUAACGGUUUGUCUCCAGAAGGUGCUUCUUCCGAAAGCGCAGUUCCAUCAGCAAGCACCACUAGUCGUCCUCCUGAUAGUCUACCUUUAGAAAACAGAAGCCAAACUGGUCAUACAGAGAGAUCAACACCCAAAACACAGAAGUGCUCUAUUGCGUAA